AUGGCCGACAUAGUCAAUGAGGUAAUAUUUUCUGAACCCUCAACUGAAGACCUUGAUCUUAUGAUAUAUCAUCUCAAUGAAAAAAUCAGAUGCUUCUUAAAUGAAAACUAUGAUCUUGAAUCUCAAGUUACCAUUCUAAAAGCAGAAAAUGAUUUUCUCAAAGAUAAAUUAAGGAAAGCUGAAACUGCUGUUGAUCUUAUUGAAGAAAACAAGCAGUUAAAAGCUGAACUUAAGAGCUUAUCCAAAAGAAAGGACAACAUGUGGUAUAUGGAUAGUGGGUGCUCAAGGCAUAUGACCGGAAAGUCAACAUUCUUCAUCAAUCUUGAUGAGUAUGAUGGAGGCUUUGUUACUUUCGGUGACAAUAGAAAAAGAAAAAUAGUGGCCAUAGAUGAUGAUGCAGGUAGUGGAACUGAUGUGAACCAACAAGCCAAUCAAGAAAAUUCCAAAUAUGUCACAUCUAUUGAAUCUGUCUGUCCAGAAACUUCUCUUCAGAAUGGAGGAGACAUUUCUGUUUUGUUUCGUGAACAAGCCAGAAAAUCCAGAACAGAGUUGCCUACUGAAACUCGUCAAGGCAAAACCUUUCCUCAAAGGCCACGUGAAUAG